CUCCAAGAAACUUCUCCUCUGUCCUUCUCACAACAUCACGAAUUCCCCCCCGAAUCCACCUACAUCCUGGGGCCAUGUCCUCGACACCUCCGGCCAGCUCUGCGAACGGCUCAACCCCACCUCCUUUACCACGAGUAGAAUCCUCGAACCCAGAGCUCGACAUCAAGAAGCUUCAGUCCCUGCCCUCAGAACAACAAGACCUUUUCCUCCUAUCCUUCGCCUCCGGGCUCACAAAACAUGUCGAGUCCCUCGAGCCAGACGACUGCACGGCCCAGCAGUUAUAUCUCAAGCGCGAGCUUAUGCAAAUCCUCACCCUAGCAUCUCCCCCGCCAACGAGAGUUAUAAGGAACAAUCUGGGGAGAUGCUUUGCGCAUAUUCUGAGCAAGGGGGAUAGGAAGCUCUUAUUCGAGACGAUCAAUGACUUAGUCGGCAUUAUCACGAGCGGGAAGAGUAAAGGGGAUGGGGAUCUAAAGACGAAACACGCGGCAGUUUGCUGUUUAGGAGAUGUCUUUGCCGCGGCGGGGGACAGCGCUAUUAGCUUACAUCCCUUGGCAUGCUCGUCGCUGCUGAAGUUGUUGAAAUCCGCGCAGAAUAAUGCAGGCUUGAGAGCGGCAAUCUUCAAUGCGCUGGGCAAGAUUGCGAAGAUGAUCGGGGGCAGUAUGGAUGAGAAUAUCGCAAAAGAUGCGUGGAAGGCGGCCAGAAGCUCAGCAUCGAGCGACAAAGCUGCGUUAGUUCAGAUUGCGUCCUGCCGUUGCUUGAAGAUGAUGGCAAAAUACACGCCGUAUUUCGAUUAUGCCAGCGAUUUCGAAAGCCUCAAGUCUACCAUAUGGAAGACCAUUGACUCGUCGAAUUCCCUGGUGCGACAAGCGGCAGGGGAGUGUUUAGCGGAGGCUCUUGUAAAGAAUCACUCGGAGGCUCCGGUACUGGAGAAUGACGUACCGAAGAUCAAAAAACCAAAGAGGCAAAAUACCAAACGUCUAUCCAUGGCCCCUGGUGCAGAUGAUGAAGAGAUCCAAAGACCCGAGAGUCCAGGACCAAAGAAGACUCCAGUUUUGGUCUUCACUCUUCCAGAGAUGCUGAAGCAGCUGUCGACUUUCUACGUCAAGGCAUCUACGAGCAAUAAGGCGCGAGCUGGCAUAGCAGUCUGCUACAGCCGGAUCUUUAAGAGUCUGGGAGAACGGAUUGUGGAAGCGUCGUACAUGAAGAUUGUGGAUCAUCUUACACUUGAAGUAUUGAGCCAUCCAAACAUCACCAAUAACAGAUAUCGAUUGUUAAGUACUCGAAGGUUCAUUCAAAUCAUACUUGAAGAAGUCAUUGGUCAGAACAUUCUCGGCGAGUCGGGGCAAAUUGAUGCUGCCAAGGCGUUGAUCAACGACAUUCUCAAAAACUAUCCGCAAGUUAUCAAAGAGCGAGCCGAGCCAACAAAAUACACCCUCGUUGCGGCCUUGAGUGCUUUGGAAUCUCUGAUCAGAACUCUGGGAUCCGCAGCAAAUCAUUUCUCGGACUCUUGCCGGGACGGCCUGCUACAAGUCCUCCAACACCCAAGCUAUACCGUUCAAGUCCAUACAUCCUCCUGUCUGCGUACAUUUGCUUUGGCUUGUCCUCAACAACUUCUGCCUUGUCUUACGAUAUGCAUGAACAGCGUUAAUAGGGAACUGAAUCUUCUGGCUUCGGCAAGGAACUCGCCUCGAAGAUGUGUUGGCUAUGCGAAUGGACUUUCGGCAAUGCUGAGCACGGCUCCCUUACAACCUUUAUACGGCUCAGUAGAUGUGAACAGUCGCGUGCUUUCGCUUGCUACUGGGCUGCUGAAAUCCAGUAGCAAAUCAGAACUUCGAAUUUCUGGAACUCAGAUUCAGGUCGCGUGGAUCCUGAUAGGGGGGCUCAUGUCAUUAGGGCCCAAUUUUGUCAAGAUCCAUUUAUCGCAACUUCUCCUCUUAUGGAAGAAUGCACUUCCGAAACCCCUCGCCAAAGACAACACGUCUCAGCGCAGCCAUCUCGAAUCUUCGUUUCUCACUCAUGUGAGAGAAUGUGCGCUUGGGUCUAUUUUGGCAUUUUUACAGUUCAAUAGCCGGUUACUGACAGUGGAUGUCUCAAAAAGGAUUGCGGCAUUGCUUCAGAAUACAACUGCGUUCCUCCGAGGUCUACCAUCCAAAAAGACUACCGAAGAUAUCACACAACGCCUCACCCCAUCCUUACAGUUGCAAGAUUUAGACAUUAUGGUUCAGCGGCGGGUUCUUCAAUGCUACGCGAAACUAGUCACCCUGAGCCCUGCUGGUGGAAGUGAGGCUUUACUACAAUCAAAUCUACUGACACUUGCUGUAUCAUUCUUCGCCGAUCCUGAAAACUACACUCCGAGCUCGUUAAGUACAUCGAUUGCAAGCUCAGCCGGCAAUUUCGAGACCAUUUGGGAUGUAGGGGAUAACUGUGGCUUUGGGGUCACCGGUUUAGUCAGAGGCUUCAAGGUGCGAAGCCUUGUUGGUGAACAGGAGAGCGAUGCUCAAGAUGACUGGAUGAAAGAUAGUGGACCCGACAAUGCCAUCUCCAAGGUGCUGCUUUCACCAAUAUGCAGCUCCCUCGAGCAUGAUUCGCUAUCAUUAUACUUGGGCGACCUUGGAAAUAUAGAUACUCAUCCUGACCCUCCCGCGACUGAAGUUGUAAAUAUCGCUAUCAAGCUAUUUGCUAUCGCCUUCCCGCUCACUCCUCCUAAGAUUCAAGAGAGUAUACUUGAACAAAUCGCCACCUUCCUCUCAGCAGGGUCACUUCAGCGCGAUCCUGGGCGAAGGGCAGCGAUGAACAUCAACAUUGCGACUGCACUCUUUUCAACUUUGAAGGUCGCAGUCAAAGAAACACAGUCAACGGCUGGAGAUCUUACCAAUCCAGCAGUGGAGAAGCUCAUGCAAGAGAUGAUUCGAUCUUUUGCCGUCCACCCAGACCAAUAUAUUCGGAGUAUUGGAUACCAGGCUCUUGCACGACUCUGUAGCAGCUCAGGAAAUGCGUAUACGAAUCAAGAAAUCAAGUAUCUUGUAGAAACCAUUGUAAGCAAUCGGGAACCCAGCGCGAGAGCUGGAUGUGCCAUGGCUUUGGGAUGUAUCCAUUCCCAGGUUGGUGGUAUGGCGGCUGGAUUCCACCUCAAGACGAUUCUGGGAAUUUUAAUGUCUCUGUGCAAUGAUCCCCAUCCAACUGUGCACUUCUGGGCGCUGGAAGCCCUCGCCAGGGUUGCGGAUUCGGCUGGCUUGACCUUUUCUGGAUACGUUUCAAGUACUCUAGGCAUGCUUGGUCAAUUAUAUGUUGCGGACACGCAUAAUGAGGAAGGUUCCUCACUCGCUACGUCGAAUCUGGAACUGGAAUUACCGACAACGGCUGUCAUUGCUCGAUGCGUGGACUCCCUUGUCAAUGUCCUGGGGCCCGAUCUCCAGGAUCUUAGCAAAGCUCGAGAGUUGAUCCUGACUCUCGUGGGCCAAUUUCAACGAGAAGAAAAUCCCCUGAUCCUGGGUGGAAGUCUAAGAUGUCUAGAGCACCUGGCACUAUAUGCUCCCGGCUACAUGGCUUUCUCCGAUUACGUCGUAUUAUUACAGAGGGAUCUCAACUCCGAGUAUCCAGAGCUCAGGGACAUUGCCAUUGAUGGCCUCUACAACCUGAUGAAACGCAACCCGGAAGAUGUGGUUAAGGUCGCAGAAGAGGGAUUUGAAGAUCAGUUAUGGCUUGCCUUAGAUGCUGAUCCGAGACACGACGGGAUCAAGAAUUUGAUUCGAAGUUGGAUGCAACAAUCUUGUCUCACUGAGACUGCGCGGUGGCUGCAAAGAUACCAGACAGUCUUAACGAUGACCAGACCCAAGGUCGCCGAGGCUACGCCGGUUAGUGAAAAGCCCAAGACUGCUCUGCCAGACUUGCGGGAUGAAGAAGUGGCAGGCUUUGCUUCCGCUGGCGGAGUAGGCAAGGAUGAUGGAACGGCUGCUGGACCUUCUGGCCAGGAGCCUCUGCGAUGGCAGGUUCGCACUUUCGCAAUGAGUUGUCUGGCUGAAAUGUUCAAUAUCGUCAGCAAGAACACCCCUCAGGAUGGUACUUCACCUGCCCAGCUCGCUCUGCAAAAAAGGGUUGCAGAUGUCAUUCGAAUGGCCUUUUCUGCGUCAACUUCGAACGUCGUGGAGCUUCGAGUUUUGGGUCUGAAGAUCAUCGAUGCCGUACUAAAGAUGUUCGGGAGAACCCCUGACCCAGACUUUGCUGAAGCUCCGCUUCUGGAGCAGUACCAAGCUCAGAUUAGCUCAGCCCUAACACCUGCGUUUGCCGCGGAUUCCUCCCCAGAACUAGCAUCCGAGGCUGUGAACGUUUGUGCUGCUUUCAUUGCAACUGGUAUUGUUAAAGACGUCGACAGAAUGGGUCGUAUCCUGAAGACCCUAGUUACUACCCUGGAAAACUUCUCAGUUGAAUCAGAAGUUGCAGCUAUUGGAGAUCUCAAAGGCCUCAGCUCUAAUGCACAGGUUAUGGUGAAGAUGGCCGUCUACUCUGCUUGGGCCGAGCUUCAAGUUGCGAGCACAGAACAACAAUACUUGGUCGAUGUUUUGAAACCAUACAUUGGCACUUUGACUCCCCUAUGGCUCGCGUCUCUAAGAGAAUUCGCCCGUCUCAGAUUUGAGCCAGAUAUCUCAAUGAGCUUGGGUCCGCCCUCUCUCUCUGGUAGUUUAGACAGCAUCUACUCGGCAUUGAAUCGCGAGACACUGUUAAAGUUUUAUCAAGACUCGUGGCUGAACCUCGUUGAUGCAAUCGCAAGUUUGAUUGAGCAGGAUAGCGAAUUUGUCUUCGAUGCACUAGAUGGCAAAGAAUCCGAUGCGCCUACAGCCAAUGGCCACUCGAAAGGGAACGAUAUUAAUUAUCGAGACGAACCCGUCGCGUUCUUCUUUGUGUUGUUCGGCAUUUCUUUCGAGGCUCUCGUUACUCGACCAGGGAGCGACGCUCUUGCUACGCAGGACCAGACACUCCAUAUCUUGCAGGCGCUGAAGAAGAUUCUGCACCCAAGUGUAUCGGGGCACGCAAUAUAUCGAGAAGCAAUCUUCUCAGAGACCAUGGAUUUACUCGAUAGGUUAGUUCUCACUGAAGGUCUUGAUGUUCAAGGUGUCAUUGUUCAGAUUGCUCGGACUCUCUGCAUUGCCCAUCCAUCGGCAACGAAGUCUCAAGAUUCCGAAGAGGGAGAUUUAUCAGAAGAUAUUGAACAACUGUUCGAGCUCACCCGGAUAAUUGUCCUGGUACUUUCUGGCCUCUUGCCAAAUCUCACCGAGCCCCAGCAACCCGCUCGACAUCAGAUGACAGACGAGGCCAUCUCUCUUAUACGCGUAUCUCUCAAUGCCCUAGUUGACGCGGCCGAGGUCUUCCCCUCGAUUAUCAAAACGGAUCUCCACGCCUGCAUCAUCCAUAUCUUCGCCACCAUCCUUGGCACAGCCAGCUGCCAGGCUGUUGUGGUCCCUCAAUCACUCCCAAUCCUAAAACGCUUCAUUUCCAGCAUUUCAGUUACACCCAAGAACCAGACCGAAGGCGGCGACACAAGCCUUGCUCAAAUCCAAGGCUGCCUGAAACGUUUCUUAUCCAUAUAUCUUAAUGCUCAGAAGCGAGAGACCGAGGCUUCGUUACCUUGCGUCAAGAAUAUACUGCUUGCCUUUACGGUUCUCCUUACGAGUGGCACAAAUUACAUGUCAGCCGCCGAGCCUGUUGUGGCUCGCUUUCUUGACGAGGUGCUUGACUGUCUGAAUGAUCGCAUGACGGCCAAAGUAGCGGCCGGCUGCAUCCGCACCAUCCUCCUCGCAUCGCCGAAAACAGCAGCGGAUCAAAGUAUAUCCCGCUACCUUCUGCCACGCCUCAUCGCCUUCGUCACCAAGACCGAGAACGAAGACCCAGAGAAUGCUCGUGCAUUGAUCUCCCAUUCGCUCACAGCAUUCGUAUCUACCCUGAAGAGCGAGCAGAAGGCUGCAGGGAUGGCAGUAAUCGUCCCCACAUUAUUAGAACGUGCAAAUAAAGAAGGAGAAGGUGUGUAUGACCAGACGGGCGCAAGGCUUUUAGAACUGGCGAGUUCGGAUCAAGUGGCAUUCAGGGGCGUUGUGGGACGCAUGACAGAAGAACAGAAGGGUUUCAUGGAGAGCGUCUUCUUGAAGGCACGACAAGCGAUGGCUACAACGAAAGGGAAGGCUGAAAAUGUGAAUGGAGAGGGCCGAGAGCCUACCAUUGCUUUGAGAAUGGAUUUUGGAGGCUGAGAAGUCCACCUGAUGUGAUAUACAUAUAUAUAUAUAUCCUUACCCCACG